UGCAAUUACACCUGAGAAAAAUAUAAAAUCUGGAGAAAAGAGACUAUGGACUCAAAACCAUUUGCAUUGUGAAUUACAUGACAUUGAAACAGGAUGAAAAGCACAACACUUCAUUUUGAAUAAGCUAAUUUGUACAAAUUAAAUACAUAAUGGAUUUGAAUAAGGAAAUACAUCCAGCCUCAUCAGUCAAAGGAAAAUAAAAUACAUAUAAUUUCCAUUGUUUAAAAAUGUAAAACCAGCCCCAGAAGAUGCUUGUAAGUAAAUGACUGUCUGGUCUAUAAACAAAAACCAUGGCACGAUGGAUAGAGUGGCAAGCCAGACAGUAAGUAACAUGUCAUGUUUAUCCUCAGUAGGGACAAUGAGAGUGCUUGAGAUGAUACAAAAACAAGUAUUGACUAUCUUCCAUCCCUACUCCCCCCCUCCGUCUUCAAUUUAAUCUGUGUCUGGUUACAACAUUGCAAAUCCAGUAAUAGUCUACAUUCUAGUCAAUGUAUACUUCAUGCAUGCUUUUCAUAAAAGCAAAAUGGUAAUGACUAACGUGACUUGUCUUCCUCAUGGCUAAUUUGUGUGUUCAAAUUCUGCUGUGGAAUGGCCAUGCCCUAACAUCAAUCAGCAUUGUCCCUCAUUUACAUUAUCUCAGAGAAUCAUGACUCACAGAAACAGAUUUGCAUAGGAAUACUCAUUUUCUCUAUAAAAUGGUAUGUGGAUAAUACUCUGCUUCAUAACAAAGAGGAAUUCUGCCAAAUUGUUCUCCUCUGGUUAUAACUAUGGGUUUUGGACAACAUGAUGUCCAGCUGUAUGGUAUAGCUGUCCUGGUUGUUAUUGGAGUGCUAUGGAACACCUUCAACCUGAUAACAACCAUGUUCCAGCAGUGGAAGGCUGGAGGUGUCCAGACUGUGGGACUGAUCAUCUCCACUAUCUCCCUGGGCAAUGUUUUCCUGCACCUCUCCACCUUUGGCAUCGUGGUCACCAUGUGGGCUGGGGUGAUGUGUUGGGAUGAUCUACCCAUGUUCUUCUGUGCCAUGGUGUAUGUGUGGCUGAGCAGCAGCUGUUUGAGCUUCUGGUCCAUCGCCUGGCUGAGUGUCCUCUACUGUGUGAAGGUGGUCAACUUCACCUCUGAGCUGUUCGCUAAGAUCAAGACAAACAUCUCACCCAUCAUCAACGUGACUCUUGCAGUGACCUUCUUGAACUCCUGUGUGAUGUUUGCCCCGUUCGUCUCCCUUAAUUACCGUAACGAGUCGUACACAACACCUAUGACAAAGAACACCACCUGCGUGAUUAAGACACCUCUAUUCCCCACUUGGAUCAACACGAACCUUUAUGUGUUAGUCUUCAUCUGCUACCUGGCUCCGUUACCUGUGAUGGUGAUGGUUCCCUCCUCCAUCAGACUGGUGGUCCAUCUCUGCAAACACACGCUGGAGAUGAGAAAGAACAAGACCGAUGUUCAGAGUGCUGACUCCUACCUGCUGGUGUGCAAGCUUACUGUGGCCCUGGUGGGGGUCUACAUAACCACGCUGACCAUCAUCUCCCUGUUCUAUCUCUCUAAACUAUAUGGCUCUGAUAUUAGCAUUAACUCACUCCUGCUGGGCUACUCCUUCUAUUGCAUAGCAUCAGGCGUUCUCUUGACCAUCUCCAAUAAGAACCUGAGGGAGAAACUCUGGGCUCUUUUCUGCGGUAUCAAAGCAUCAAAUGCAUCAAGCAAAAGCCUGAGUGGAGAAACUGGAGCAGCUUGAUAUGCUUUUGAGUUUUAAUACAUUGUCUCCUUUUCAGUUCUUCAGGACAGUGUAUUAUGUCACAAUAUACUUAAUUUUUGUAGUUGCCAGAUAUUACAAACAAGUUCAUAUUUUCUUGUUGUAAAAUCCCUUUUUGCUACUGCUGUUGUUGGAUUUUUAUCCUUAGGUGUACUGGGUUUCAUAGUAUUUCUUUUUAAGUAGAAGGUGCAUGUAUUGACUUUGGCUUUUCAUCUUUUUUAUGUAUUUUCUUAAUGAUGAUUUGCACAAAUUAAGGAGCAUGGAUUUAUAUACAGUACCUAGUGAAAGUCUACACUAUUUCAAUGUCAGUUUUAUUUUUCAGUGGGACAAUUACACAAAUGUUAAUGCCAAAGACACACCAGCAUGGUGUUGAGAGUUCCUGAGUUGUCCAGUAGCAGUCCUGACUUGAAUCUGCUUGACAAUCAGAGACAAAGUUUGAAUAUUGCUGUCCAUCAAUGAUUCCCAACCAAAUUUACAGAGCUUGAGCAAUUUUAACAA